CACUGAGGCUGUGCUGAAUGUAAAUAGUGUAACGCGCACUGACGAGUCAGCACAAAGCAGCUGAGAGCGCGCCGGGAGCAGCGCACACAGCGAUGAAAUGCUCCCAGGGAAAAGGACGCAAAUGGACAGCCUCGUUCAGCCGCUCGUCGCCCAGUACCUCGCCAUGGGAUGUCAGGCAAAAGAGAACAACCCGAACCAAAAUAUAACAACUGAGGGCAAAGAUGACACGAAAGUGGCUCCAGGAUGUGGGUCCAAAUCUAGAGUUUCUCCUCCUGGAAGAGCUCACCGCUUCCACAGGCACACUCCGGCUCAGAACGCUCCCAGCAAACCCAACAUGCCUCUGGGCCUCCUCACCAAGGGGGCCAGCUGGGACGAGAUCAUCCAGGCCUGUCUGCAGUCCUUUGAUUCAAACGGCUGUCUUACUGGGAGCAGCCAUCUGUUGAACAUCACGCUGACCAUGCACCGGCUCCUCAUGUCUCCCGAUGACCUUCUGGACAAACUACUGCUCACAUUUAAAACAGCAAUGGACAAUGAAGAACCAGCGGAGUGUAAGAAGAUCUGCUUCCUCAUCAGACAUUGGAUCCAGGAGUUCUGGAUGAUGUUUCGCCUGCACCACAGCCUGACCGACAGCUUGGACCAGUUUCGUGAGCUGCUCCGAGAGCAGGGACAGGAGAGUCUAUGCUCACUUCUUGAGACCAAAUGGAUAAAUGAAAGAGACUGGUCAUGGAAGGCAAGCACAAAAAUCAAAGCCAACAGCAGUAAAAAGAGGAAGGUGUCCCUGCUUUUCGAUCACUUGGAGCCGGACGAGUUGGCUGAGCACCUCACCUACCUGGAGUUUAAGUCGUUUUGCAGAAUAUCAUUUAUGGACUAUCAGAGCUACAUCCGUAAGUGCUGCUUGAAGGACAUCCCUGUGAUGGAGCGUUCCAUUGCCCUGUGUAACGGUGUGUCUCAGUGGGUGCAGCUGAUGGUGCUGAGCAGACCCACAGCACAGCUCAGAGCUGAGGUCUUCACCAAGUUCAUCCACGUGGCUCAGAGUCUCCAUGUCAUGCACAACUUCAACACACUAAUGGCCGUGGUUGGAGGCUUAUGCCACAGCUCCAUCUCCAGACUAAAGGACACCACCUCACACGUGCCCAGUGAAGUCACCAAGGUACUGAAUGAGAUGACCGAUCUCCUCUCCUCCCGGCGUAACUACGACAACUAUCGUCAGGCUUACCACAAAGUCACUGGCUUCAAAAUCCCCAUUCUGGGCGUCCACCUCAAAGACCUGAUCUCUGUGAACGAGGCCAUGUCGGACUAUGUGGAGGACAACAAGGUCAAUGUCCAGAAGCUCCAAGCGCUCUACAACCACAUCAACGAACUGAUCCAGCUGCAGCAGAGCCCCCCCAGGCUGGACGCUAACAAAGACCUUGUGCAUCUGCUGACCCUGUCUUUGGACCUAUAUUACACUGAAGAUGAAAUUUAUGAGCUGUCAUACACAAGAGAACCCAAGAACUGUAAAGCACCGGUGAGUGAAGGAAGCCAAUCACCCAAAUCUAUAAAUAGCUUUUUACAUAUUUUAUGUGCUUUGUUGUUGUUGUUUUUUUAUCAGCCAGCCACUCCCUCUAGACCUCCAGUGUUUGUGGACUGGGCAUCUGGAGUGGCCCCCAAACCAGACCCCCGAACCAUCAGCAAACAUGUGCAGAGAAUGGUUGACUCUGUGUUUAAGAACUAUGAUCACGACGAGAACGGCUUCAUCUCUCAAGGGGAUUUUGAGAAAAUUGCUGCUAGCUUUCCAUUUUCCUUCUGUGUCAUGGAUAAAGAGAAGGAAGGCAUGGUCAACAGGGAGGAGAUUACCGCUUAUUUCUUGAGAGCGAGUGUCAUCUGCUCCAAACUGGGGCUUGGUUUUGUCCAUAACUUUCAGGAGACCACUUACAUGAAACCUACAUUUUGUGACAACUGCUCAGGAUUUUUGUGGGGUGUCAUUAAACAAGGCUACAGAUGCAAAGAUUGUGGGAUGAACUGCCACAAGCUCUGCAAGGACCAGGUGGCGUUCGAAUGCAAGAAAAACACCAAAGUAGCCAGCGCCAUCGACAGUCCCACUUUCAGCUCCACGUCUGUCACCACGGGAACUUCAGAGGGUUCAGAGGACUGUCCGUUCCCAUAUCCAGAUGAGAUCAAAUACUGGAGCCCUUCUUCUCCUGUGCCUCAUCCAGGCCGGCUUCAGAGGGUUCACAGUGGGACACAGACCGACCUGACCCCCCUCACCUCUCCAGUGCAUGAACCUGCUCUGCUGGUGCCAGCCACAACCCCCACCCUGAGCUCCUGCCCCAGCCCUGUACCUCAGAGGAAACAGCGCCACUGUGCCAAGUGGGAGAACCGUGCUUCAAUGCAUCAGAAAACUAAGGAUUCAGAUGAGGAGAGCAAACCCACAUUUGAAACGCUGGAGGCAGAGAACCAGCGGCUUCAGAAUGUCAAUGAGAGUCUGCGCAGGAAGUUGAAGGAGACAGAGAGAGAGGUGGACAUCCUAAAGACACUGCUGAAGAGACAUGCUUUGCACCCAGUGGAGGAAGACUCCUCUUCAUAAGCACACACAGUAUACAGCCAACUACAUUCAACACAUGGACUGGGUUGCAUUCAUACAGUAGGCCUAAGAUAAUAGAGUGUGCAGUGGGAACCAUAGAAUCUGAAUGUGGUCUUUUACUAACAAAAAUUGUACUAGUUAUAAAGCUUAAAGGAGACUCAGUUGUGAGGUUUUCUGGUUAAUAUGAUGGUGCUUUACAGUACAAAAGGUAGAUGUAACUGUUUAUGGAGUGUGAUGGAGAGUAACUUUUUAAAGAGUUUUAAAACAUACAACUGUUCAGUAUGAUUGUCAUUGUUACCUACACCUCAUUCAGUUUCACUGAAAUCCAUCUCACGGUUUACCUGCUUUUUGUAGAAACACUGUGUUAAAAGUGCAGAUCUAAUCUGUGGCACACAUGAAAUUAUGUAUAUAAUAUGUGUUUUGCAGGGGAAUGAAGUAUGUUUUUCAUAUUAAAAUGCCAUGAUGCCAUAGUGAAUGAUAAGCCACAAAUCUCUUAAGUGCAAUAUAAAAUGUGUCAUGCAUUCUGGGGUCUUCAGCUGAAUACAUGCAGCUGUUCUGUAGUUUUGUUAAUAUGAAGGUUAUGGUCAUAUUUAUUGUGUGAAACACUACAUUAUGUCAUGUUUUGUAUACUGGUACUUUGAAAUAUUUAUCUUUGUUUGUGCCAGCAUCUUAGUGGACCUUUGGGGUUUUUACAAUGUAUUUGUACAAUUAUAAUAAUUACUAUGUGAUUGUUUUAAAAGUGACGUACUGUGAAUGUAAAUGUGGAUUGUACAUAUCAUAUUUACUGUGCCUGUGUAUGGAAGUGCCAUCUUUAUUAAUACUAUUUCUCUCAGUAUUAUGUAUCUUCUAAUAAAGAGAUUGGAAUAUA